AUGGCUAUCGAGGAUGCCGCAUGCCUAGCCUCCCUUCUCCAACAGCUCGUUCAUUCCACAUCACCCGGCGGGCCGUCGGACCUUGACCUCAAGCGCACCCUUCAAAAGUACAAAGAGAGGCGGUAUGAUCGGGUGAAGAGUGUCUACAACGUGUCAUGGCAUGUUGUACGAGUUCAUGGACGUGACGGUUUUCUCAAUUCCCUCGUCGGUCGGUAUUACAUUCCAUACAUGAAAGAUUUUCUGGCGGAUAUGACUUCGAAGGUCAUGGCGGAUGCGAACGUGAUCGAAUUCCUUCCCGUACCGAAGAGGUCGGGACCGGGAUGGGAGAAGUACAGUAGUCGGCGAGGGGGUUGGUCUCAGGUCCAGUGGUUUCUUUUGUUUGUGCUUCUGUUGGCAUUUUUCUGGAUUUUCCGGGGGCUAGAGGGUAGACUGCCUGUCGGUCGACUUCUAGGAUCCCUGCAAAAGGGGGAGUAG